GGCCGAGUGUUCGUCUGAAGCUACGUCCUCAUACAAAUCACACUGUCAGUUAAAGUUGUGGUUUGUAGAUUAAAAAGAGGAAAUUACAUCUUUAAAUUCAUGCUCAUCCAUUCGAGAUGAUUUGGAGGUUUUAACAAAUCUAGCGGGUUGUUUCUACGCGUUUGGAGAUGGACGGGAUAGCUGCGGUAUGGAAAACAAACUUUAUACUGUAAUUGUGGGCUUGUCACUCACUACCUUGAUAUGUAGCAGUCAUUACAAGUAUGGUCUCUAGCAUGCCACGCAGGCAAAAGGCUUAUCUGCAGAGAAGAACGGUGAAAGCUCCCUUCACACGUGGAUCAAACCGUAGGAACUAUUUUUGACAUGUUCAGAAAGUGAUCUUUUCUAAGAAUCUGAAAAUGAUAAAGCUGAAGAGAUACUUGAGGGGCAGUGGGAGGGUGCUGGCAUGUGUGUUCAUCGCAUCGAUCAUAUGGCUGAUAUUUGACAUGGCAGCUUUACGCAUGUCAAUAAACGACGUGAAUGGUCAGCUGCUGAAGGAGAGAAUCAUCAGAGAGAGAGAAAUUAUUAACCAGCAGGCCAAGAUGUCUCAAGUGAAACAGGGUGGAUUUGGUCACCCAGUUCCAAACCAAGCCAAUAACAAACCUUUACAUGUUGAUAAUUUGGCUGAAAACGUGUAUAGAAGGAAGAGAACUGGGAAAUUUAUUGGAUACAAGCAGAUGGACUCUAAUGAAAUUAAUCCUUCACAACUACAAACUGAAAAGUCUUCCAAGAUGCGUGUGGACUUGGACAUGAAUGAACAACACCAGUUGGAUUCCAGUAAAACUAAAACUACUACAAAGACAGCAGAUAAAGUUAUACCUAAUGAAAACAAACACUCUAAUGUUGAAGACAGUAAAAUGGUAGAACAUUCAAAUAAAAAAAAUGUGGAUGUUGCACCAAAACCACAAGUAAAGAUUGAACAAGCAAAUACAACAGCACUACUUAAGCUUAAGAAAGAGCCACACCCUGUCAAAACACCUACCAAUCCUCUCAUUAAGGAUGUAAAAGGCAAGGUAAACAGCACAAUUACAGAGACACAAGUCAAGACAAAUGUCAAAGAUGAGGAGGUAAAGGCAAAAGAAGCACUGCAAUCUGUGCCCAAGCUCCAGGAGAAAGUGGACCUCAAAGAAAAUGUCACAGUUGUUAGGAAAAAGCCAGGUGUCCAUAAAGUGCUUUCACUAGAUGUGACUCAGUCUCCCAGAAAUCCCAACGCAGUGGGCCAGUUCGGUCGCGCUGUUAUCCUGAGCAACAAGGAUGAGGAUGCAGAAGUGAAGAGGAGGUGGGCUGAGGGGCAUUUUAAUGUCUACUUAAGUGAUCAGAUACCCCUGGAUAGAGCCAUCCCUGACACUAGGCCUGAGACGUGUAAAGACAAUCUGAUCCACAAUGACUUGCCUUCCACCAGUGUGAUCUUCUGUUUUGUGGAUGAAGUUUGGUCCACUCUUCUUCGCUCAGUGCACAGUGUUUUUAACAGAUCUCCACCAAAUCUCCUCAAAGAAAUUAUUCUGGUGGAUGACUGCAGCACCAGAGAUUAUUUGAAGGAGCAGCUGGAUAACUACAUGGCACAGUUUCCCAAAGUGAAAAUAAUUCAUCUGAAGGAGCGUCAAGGUCUCAUCAGGGCCAGAAUGGCUGGAGCAGCAGUGGCCACAGGUGACGUCCUGACUUUCCUGGACUCACACGUUGAAUGUAAUGUAGGCUGGUUAGAGCCAUUAUUGGAGCAAGUUUAUCUGGACCGCAAGAAAGUACCCUGUCCUGUUAUUGAAGUCAUUAGUGACAAAGAUAUGAGUUAUGUUCUGGUUGACAACUUCCAGCGUGGGAUAUUCAGAUGGCCUUUGGUGUUUGGAUGGAGCCCUCUGUCUGAAGAUUACAUUAAGAAGCAUAACAUGACCAUAGCAGAUCCUAUCAGAUGUCCAGUCAUGGCCGGGGGACUCUUCUCCAUAGACAGGAACUAUUUCUAUGAACUUGGCGCUUAUGAUCCCGGCUUGGAUGUGUGGGGAGGAGAGAAUAUGGAGAUAUCAUUCAAGAUCUGGAUGUGUGGAGGAGAAAUAGAGAUCAUCCCUUGUUCCAGAGUGGGACAUAUUUUCAGGGGGCAAAACCCUUACAAGUUCCCCAAAGAUAGACAGAAGACAGUGGAGAGAAAUCUUGCUCGAGUGGCUGAAGUGUGGCUGGAUGAAUACAAAGAUCUCUUCUAUGGACACGGAUACCACCACCUGCUGGACAAAAAACAUAUUGACAUUGGCGACCUCGAAGACCAGAUCGAAUUGAGAAAAAAUCUGAAGUGCAAGAGCUUCAAAUGGUACCUGGACAAUGUGUAUCCAGAAGCAGACGCCCCCAUAGUUAAAGCAGAGGGAUUGGUGUUCAAUCAAGGUUUAAGAAAAUGUCUCACUCUCCAUAAAGGAUCUCUCCUCUUUGAAACCUGUGAUCUCAACCAGCAGAGUCAACACUUUAAUUACACUUGGUUGAGAAAUCUUCAGCGGGAGAAUGUUUGCAUUGGCCCAGAGAGUAAAGGGAGCAGCAUUGCUUUAUACUUGUGUGACCGUGCCAACGUACAACUCCGAUGGAACCACAGACUUGGAAGCUCGUUAAUGGCCGACCACAUCAUAACCGACUACGUUUGGGGCCGCAUGUGUCUGGAGGCUGCACUCAAAGGAGACAGCGUGCUACUUCGAUCAUGUGACCACAAUAAUGUUUUUCAAAAAUGGGAAUUCACACAUUACUUUGCCUAAUGAUCAAAACUGUGGGCCUACAGCUUCAGUGUAACUUGGAAUAGCUUUGGUGGUGGACUUUUCUGGGGACGAUUUGUGUGAAUGGGAAUGUGCAAUGUUUUUUAUUUUUGUUGUGCCUAAUGGAGAAACAAAAAAAUGUGUAUAUGUCCGUUAAAGACUGUUAAGGUUAGGGUAUAACAUAUCAUUUUUGCCAAAGAGCCUUAUCUCAUUUUGUAAAAAAAAAAAAAAAAAAAAUGCUGACAUCAUAUUUGUAUACAUUUUGUCACUUUAUGUAUAUAUUUGUGUUGCUUUUUCUGAUGUGCCAUUGUGUGAUAAUGUAUUUGAUUUGUUUAUGGAAAAUUCAGGGCUGCCUUGGGUGCAAAUAAGAGUGCCUAUUAAUUAUUAAUCAAACUUAUAAGUGAUUUGCAAUGCCACUUUCAUUUUUCUAUAGCUUGUUUGAAAGAGUUUCACUUCACUUUGGUUUUAUAAUUUUAAAUAGUAAUGUUUAUUUAACAACAACUGUCUGACUAUAAUUUCAAAUCUCAAGCUCAAGAAUCAAUGACAAAUAUAAAACGUUUGCCGUAUGUAACCAAGUAUGUGGUAGUUUAAAAAGGAGGAGGCUAAAUUAUUUGUAAAUGUGAUUUUGUGUUUUUGUCACUAGGGGGAAGUAUUGUUCAAAACACUCCACAAUCAGGGUUACUAUUUAACAUUUUACUGAAAUCCUUUGUUAAAUAAAUCAAAGUUUUCUAUAAAGC